AUGGUAAACAACGGUACCCUAAAUAACGAAAAAUUUUCACUCUUUUCAAAAAGCGUUAUUUUAGAAAAUGGGAAGCAUUUAGUAAAUGUAAAAAAUGAAAAAUUAGAAGAAUACAAUUUUUUAAAUAGUAUGACAAAUCCAAAAGUUACAUUUAAUGCAAAAAAAACAAAAGGUUUUUUAAUAUUACAAUUAUUUUUAUAUGGAUAUUUAAAUAGAAUUAGUUCUUUUAGGUCAAAUAAGGAUAAAGAUCUUAUGUAUCCAUAUUUAAAAAUAUUACUAGAUAAAGAAGAAAUAUAUAGAAGUCGAAUAUUAGAUAAUUCUAUGAAUAUAUGGAAUGAAACUAUAGAUAUUGAAAUACAUUAUAUUAAAAGUAUCAUAGAAAUACAAUUAUAUGAUAUGGACGAAACAGAAGGAAUUGUAGAAGAUGAAUAUAUUGGUAGUGCUUUUAUUGAUUUAAUGAAUUUAAAAUUUAAUACGAAAUAUGAUAUGAUUUUAAAAUAUUUGGAUAAUAAAACGGCAAUGAUAAAGGACCCUUAUUUUCAUAAAAAAAAUAAAAAGGUCUCUGAGGAAAACACUAAGAAGAAAAGUAUAAAUGUUGUGAAUGAUUUGAAUAAUACUACUAAUAUUAGUAAUAAUAAUAAUAAUAUGAACAAUAUGAACAAUAUGAACAAUAAUGACAAUAUGAACAAUAUGAACAAUAAUGACAAUAUUAACAAUAUGAACAAUUUAAGUAAUCCUAGAUCUAUCAUCCAAAAAGAAGAAAAUAUAAAUAACAACAAAUCAAAUGUAAAUAAAUAUGUUAACGAUUAUAAUGUUCGAAUAUUUAUUAAACUAUUUAGUAAAAAUGACUACAGUAUUUUUUUCUUACAUCUAUAUAAGAUUACUUCAUUGAACUAUAAAUAUAUAUGCACAAAAAAUGAAAUAUUAGAUAAUGAAUUGAAUGUUAAUUUAUUAUAUGAAAAUAUUAAUACAAUUAAAUUAAAUUUUGAUAUGAUAUGGCUACCUUUCUUUUGUAUAAUAUCUAAUUUUUCUUCAUGGAAAAAACCAUUAUAUUCAUUAUUCUUUGUAACAUAUUUUUUCUUAUCUUUCUUUUUUUCAAAAUAUUUCAUUUCUUUUCUAUUACUAUUUUUAAGUUUAAUCUUAUUUAUUAUAGUUUCUAUUAUAAGAGAAUGUGAUAGGAUACAAAGACACGCCAACGCUAACGCUAACUAUGCACAAACUUUAAAUAAAAAUAUCAAGUCCCAAAAAAAUAAAAACCUCAAUUGUUUUUACAAAGUGGGUACUUUGAACCAUGAUAAUCUUAACGAUGAUACCAAUCGCGCUUAUAAUAAUAAUAAUAAUAAUAAUGAAUCUUUUACGUAUUGGAGGAAGGUAAGGCGAAGUAUAUAUCAAAAUAUACAAUAUAAAGAUUAUUUAAAUAAUAAGAAAAAAAAGAAAACAUCGCAAAAGGAUUAUGAAGAAAUUAAAGAUAAUUAUUAUGAUGGUGGCGAUGGUGAUGAUAAUGAUGAUGAUAAUGAUGAUGACAAUGAUGAUGACGAUAAUGAUGAUGAUGAUGAUAAUGAUGAUAAUAAUGAUGAUGAUUAUAAUGAUCAAAGUGAUGAGAGCGAAGAAAAUUAUGAAAUGAAAGAUAAUAAUGAAAAAAAAUAUGAACAAAAUGAUGAAAAGAAAACAAAGAAACAGAAAAAAGAGAUUACAAAUAAAGUUGAUAAUGAUAUUAUGAGUCCGAAUGAUAAUGAUAAUGAUAUUAUUAGUCAAAAUGAUAAUUAUGAUGAUAUAGAUAAUACAAGUGAAAGUAGCACAUUCACAGAUUCAUCAUUAAAUAAUGUAAGCACAAAUGAAUACGAUAACUUUAGCUCCAAUUCAAUUAGUAGUUCAGAAGAUAACAUAUUAAAUGUUAGUAAUAAAAGUGAACAAAAACAAUUAAAAGAUGAUAAUAAUAAGAAUGAUAAAUAUGAAAAAAAUAUUUCGUCAAAAAAUAUUAAGCAGUCACAUAAAAUGAAUAAAUAUGAUAAUAUAUAUGAUAAUAAAAAUGAUAAUAAUAAAUAUAAUUAUAGUAAUAAUAGUAGUAAUAUUAAUAUUAAUAACAAUUAUUAUACUGAUGAUAAUAUGAAAGAAAAUAAUUUAGAAGAUUCAAAUAAUGAUGAUAGUAGUGCUCUUAAUUAUACCGAUGAUGAAAAUGUUGAUCCAGAAAAUAAUUUAAGUGUUAUACGAACUUUUAUAAGAAAUAUAAUCGAUGAUAAUAUUAUAAAUAAUAUAAAAUAUAUUCAUUAUUUUAUAUAUUGUUUUACAAAAUUCUCACAAAUUCUCUUUUUUAUACUAAGGAAAUUUGGAUACUUUCUAGUUAUAUUAACCCUACUUACAUGUGGUCUUAGUAUAUAUUUUUAUCCUAUGAUUGUCAGAACAUUAAGAUGUAUAAUUUUCUUAUGUGGAUUUGUAAUAUUAACAUAUAAUUUUAAGCCUAUGAAUAUUGUCUAUAGAUUUAUAUCCUGUUUUCAUGAAUAUUAUUAUUUGGAAAGAAAAAGAAGACGUACCAGUAUUUAUAAUUAUGACUAG